CAACAAGAUUAGCAUUAGAUGAUGCGGAUUCUCAUGACUUACAACAUUUUAUUAAAUUUAGAGAAAUUAUUGGGCAGGAAGUUGUAUAUGGUACUGAGCCUAUUCCAGGAUGCAUGCUUGGGCCUAAACAAGAUAACGUUCAA